CAGAUUGACCACCUUGUCGUAUAAAGCGUCCACCCUCCCGUCACCAGCCCUAGCCCCCCUUUCUCCCCGCCGCCACCUCGCCCUCGCGCUCGCCUUCGCCCUCGCUCCCUCCCUCCGAUUGCAAGAGCGCUCAAGGCGGCGACCGCAUCUCCAAGAUGGUGCUCCAGAACGACAUCGACCUGCUCAACCCGCCGGCGGAGCUCGAGAAGCUCAAGCACAAGAAGAAGCGCCUCGUCCAGUCCCCCAACUCCUUCUUCAUGGAUGUCAAGUGCCAGGGCUGUUUCAGCAUAACCACUGUGUUCAGCCACUCCCAGACCGUGGUGGUGUGUCCUGGCUGCCAGACGGUGCUCUGCCAACCGACCGGUGGAAAGGCCAGGCUCACUGAGGGCUGCUCCUUCCGCCGCAAGGGCGACUAGGCUGCUGGUGUGUGCAACAGGGAGGAAAAAGAUCGAUGUCCUGCUGAGCAAAGUUUAACCUUCCCAGUAGAGGAUUUUGUUAAUUAUGCCUGUUAAGCUCCUGUGAUGAAACCUGCACUUUGUUUGAGUUCUGAAAGAUUUCAUACAUACUCUUAACCUCCUUUUCCUUUGCUUAUUUCUAUUGAAUUCAUGAUGGCGUAUUUUAAUUUC